GAUGCCUACGAUGCACUGGUGGAUGUGCGAUGUUACGAAUUAGUCUCACUGUUCCUUUGUACCCUAUUUGUACCGAAAUGCGGUUCGACCGGAGCAACUGUGCCACCUUGUAAAACCUUGUGCACUGAAACUAUGCGACGUUGUGGUUUCUUCUUUGAUGUGUUCGGCCUCAGUUUACCUGAGUAUUUGAAUUGUAAGCUCUUUAAAGAUUUCGAAAGCCCCGAAGACUGUGUUGGACUCGACCAAGUGCGUGAGGUGAUGAUAGCAUCGACGAACUCCAAAUGCGAUGGUUUUCAGUGUGAUCAAAAUCGCUGCUUACCCAAAGAUUACGUAUGCGAUGGUCAUUUGGAUUGUAACGACCAAACAGAUGAGGCCAAAUGCGAACGAUGUCAAAAGGAUGAGAUCUAUUGUGGCGAUGAUCGUUGCAUAGGUAUAAAUCACGUAUGUGACGGCGUUAUCGACUGUCCGUAUGGACAAGACGAACGAAAUUGCAUUCGUCUAAGCGAUCGUAAUGGCGAUUUAGGGAAAGGCAUGUUGGAAUUCUAUCGCAUAAGCACACAAAUGUGGACGCCAGCUUGUGUUAAAAACUGGGAUCGCGCGGUAUCCCCUUCAGCCGUUUGCUCUAUGUUGGGUUAUAGUGCCGUUAACGCCACUAGUGUGGUAACACUCAAAACACACCGAUCGCUUAUGGCAUCCAUAAAUGUAUCGACCGAUAUUUGGAAUAUGUAUGCGAAAAAACAUUCAAAUUUGAUGCAGGAAUUCUCAAGUUGCUCACCCGACGAGGAUUAUCCAGUUGCUGAAUUAACUUGUGCUAAUUACGAGUGCGGAAAAGUUAAACGCGGACGCCACAAACCAUCUCGCCGCAUCAUUGGAGGCUCACAGGCCAACCCAGGCACUUGGCCCUUUUUGGCCGCAAUUUUAGGAGGACCUGAAAAAAUAUUCUACUGCGCGGGAGUUCUAAUUUCCGACCAAUGGGUGCUCACAGCGUCGCAUUGCAUAGGAAAUCAUACCGUCAUUGACCUUGAAGAUUGGACCAUACAGCUUGGUGUAACGCGCCGAAACUCCUAUACAUACACGGGGCAAAAGGUUAAAGUCAAAACAGUUAUACCACAUCCGCAUUACAAUACCGUAAUCACACAUGACAAUGACAUAGCACUAUUUCAACUGGCCACUAGGGUUGCAUUCCAUGAGCACUUAUUGCCUGUUUGUCUGCCGCCACCCGGAAUUAAACUGAAGCCGGAUCAAAUGUGUACAGUGAUCGGUUGGGGAAAGCGUGACAAUAAAGACCCAAAAUCAACAUACGAACCAAUUGUCAAUGAAGUGCAAGUCCCGAUUAUUGGCCGACAGCAAUGCGAUGUUUGGCUUGAUAAUCUGACAGUAUCCGAUGGAAUGAUAUGCGCUGGCUACGAGGAAGGAGGCAAGGAUGCGUGCCAGGGUGAUUCUGGAGGUCCUCUCCUCUGUCCCUAUCCAGGAGAAAAGGAUCGCUGGUUUGUGGGUGGCAUCGUGUCGUGGGGCAUAAUGUGUGCACACCCGAAACUGCCAGGCGUAUAUGCAAAUGUGAUCAAGUAUGUGCCAUGGAUACAGGAGCAAAUGGCUAAAUAUUCAAAACCUGAAAAUGAAGAGAGACUGUCCAAAUAUGAUGCACACCCAGGCGGACCAGAUAUUCUGUCCAACAUAGCGACUGGACCCGUACGCAACAAGAAACCAUAUCACAAUCAGAAUCGCAGUCCAAUGGACAUUGAUUACUACGACAAUUAUAAGAAGACCUAAACUAAACAUUCAAAUUAAAAGUUAAACUUAACGAAACCAGCACAAGAAAGGCAUUAUAUUGUAAGUGAGAUGUUCAAUAAACCACAGAGAGAGAGAAGGCAGUCAAAAUGUACGAAAAUAAGUACAUUGAAUUUUGAUAGACAAUAAUACACAUAUACAUACAUACAUACUAUAUGUAAAUUAGGCAUAGAGAAACAUUUCUACAAAGUGUUAGACAAUACAGUUUAGUUGCGAUUCGUUUGUAUUUGACAAACAACAAAUAUAUUCAUAUCCCUGUGGCAUAUUGCCAUUUGAAAAAUGGAAUAUGUUUACAUAAAAAAAAAUUACAUUUAGGCAAAGAGUGUAUAACAGCUAUGCUUAUACAAGUACUACAAGUUUUUUGUAAUACAUUAGUAUUAAAGGGCACACUUUUGAGGGGAACAACAUGUUACCACCAAGCACACACAUAUUAUAACCGAACAAGUCAAUUUCCGAAUUUAAAUGUCAAUUGGACACAAAGUUCACAGCGUUUCCUUGAAGGGAACCAUAGAAAAUGUGACAAAAUCCGUUAGGGUCAACCAAAUAUCAGCAUAUACAUACAUACAAACAUAGAAUGUACAACAAAAUACAAAGAGUAUUUUAUAUUUGUACAUCAUGUGGAGUUUAUUAUUGCCACAGUUUUAUACUUUAUUAUAAUUUUAAGAAUUUAUUCUUGACAUACAUACAUAUCUUUCAAGUUGUGUAGUAAAGUAACGGGCAAAGUGCGUACUUGCUCUGCGACAGCAAAGUUGCAAUUGACGAUUAAGAUUUAUUUUCAAAUAUAUUGUAUAUGUACAUAUAUGCACAUAUCUACUUCCGUUAUCAAAGCUAACAUUUGAGAUGUAUGCUUGUAUGUAUGUAUGUGCCAGUGCGGCGACUCAAAACGGUAGUAAAACAUAAUGCAAAUUAUUCUAAUUGAAAACAUACCCACUCAAAUCAAAUAUACACAUACACACAUAUAUAUCUACAUAUAUGUAUGAAAUAUUUAUACACACACAUUUACAUGCUACAUACAUACAUAUAUGUAUGUAAAACAUGAAUUUGUUACACGUCUAUUAAUUAGCAAAUGUACACACAGAAAGCACAUUUGCAUAAAUACCUACACAUAUGCAUAUGUACAUAAAAAUAUGGUUAUGAUAAAAAAAAAAAUAUUUUUUUAUAAGCAAACGGAAAUAUAUAGUUAAUUUUUAUAUGUGUACACGUAUAAACUGUGCAAAAAGCUAUUAUCCUUGCAAAAAUAAACCACACAAAUUAUUAAAGAAAACACAUACAUGCAACAUAAAGUAGAUUAGUUAAUGUAAGACACAAGAAAGUGCAUAGAUACAAAUAUUAUACAUAUGUAUGUAGUAGUGAGGUAUGUAGUCAAUGACUGUAAUAUUGUUGUGUGAGCAAAUGUUCAAAAAUAAAUAACUACAAUAAUGAAAUAAGCUAAAAAGUAGGAAAGUUACUUAUACCACAUGCAUUCAUACUCUACGCACAUCCACACAAUCAUAUGUAUGUAUACCUAUAUCGAACAUACAUAAUACAUACGCGUUGUGUUAUCCGAAUGAAUCUGCCUAUUUGAUGUGUGAACUAUGGAUUUUAAUAAAAAUUGAGACAAUAAAACAAAGUUCAAAACCGAACGGGGUGAAAUGGAAUGCAGCAAAUAAAGACAAUGUACCGAAGACAAUAAAUUUGAAAUUUGUAAUUUGUAGAAUGUGUUGUAUUAUAUAAUAAGGUAGAGUGAUGAUUUUAAAUAGAUUUAUACAUUAACAAAUAAUUUGCGCUUAGACGCACAUGCAUGGCCGAGGCCUAACAUGCUGAAAAUGAGUGAUUUUUCAUUUCGAAAUGCAAAAAAUAAUUGAAAAUUGAUUUUUGUAAAACAGCAGUGCUGUAAAGAACUAAAUUUUUAAGCGAAUCCCUACCUAAUGCUGAACGAACAAUUUAAAUUAUUUGACAUACGAAUCGCUUUUUAUUUAUUUUUUGUGCUCGAAAAAUAUUUACCAAUUUUUUUAGUUUAAAAUAUGUAUAUUUUUUAAAUAUUAUUUUUAAUUUAAAGACAAUAAAACGAAACUUAUUGUGACACACAAAUUUAGUCCGGCGUGUUGUUGUAAGCUUCUAAUUAGUAAAAUAAUAAAAGAAAAACUAAAAGAAAUAUAUGCAUGGGUUUCAGCUUUAACAAUAUGAAAUUAAUUAAAUAUAUACAUGCUGUCUAUAUAUACAUACGUAUACACUAUAUAUAGAAAUGCUAAUUUAGCCAUACAUACAUAUACAUAUACUAUUUACAAUUAGAUGUUAAUGUAAUUACAUAAAAGGAAUACAUAGUAUCACGUGGAGCUGCAACCACAGUCUAUAAGUAAUAACCAAAGCUGAUUUUUACCUCACUCAACCACAUUCUUUUACGCACGAAAGCCAUUAUGCAUAUGUACAUACGCUUUACAUAUGCAUACAAAUAUAUACAUAUAUUAUAGAAGGAGCUGUUAAAUGCAAUUUUCCAAGCAACAACUAAAGCAUUGUAUACGAACAGACAUAUGAUACAUUCGGGUAUUCGUGUUUUUCAAAGUUAAUUUUUCUUUUAAACAUCCUCUGAAGUUGCAGUUUCUGUCCUAACACGAGUUCCACGCAAUUGAAGUUAUACAUAUGUAUGUACAUCAAAUGACCUGAGCAUUCAUACAAGUGCCUUAUUACUUUUGUGUUGCUUAUACGACAUGGUGUACUGCUUUCAAGCUCAGUAAACUUGUAAGAAUGGUCAGUACACUCGAUGUCUAAUUUAAACUGCGUAUAACUUUUAAAGGAGUGAUGAUAUGAAAAAGUGAUCAAGACCUUUUUUGUGGGGCAAAAAAUUUUGUAAUAGAAUAUCAUUAAAUAGAGUAUCGUAAUGUGAUGAACAUCAUUCUUUUGAAUUUUGUAGGUUUCCAAGAACCAAUUCUUAAAUUAAAUUGCACAGUUUUCGUAAAACUAUGUUACUUUUUUACUUGGCUUAUCGAUAGCCCAACCUUGAUGCAAGAACUUUAACUAAACUCCUGAAUAACUACCAAUGCCUGUGUACGAGAAAUCAAGAAAAUUUUAUUCGACUUCAUUAAACUUGCUUUUCCGCUUAUUAUUAGUUUGCCUAAAAUUUAGUUUAAAAGCCUCAUAUUUAUGUAAGUACGAGUAUGUAUGUGUGAACGUAUUUAUGUUUUCAUAUACUAUAUGUAUGUAUGUACAUUGAAGGGUAUGUACACAUGUAUAAAAGGCAGUGCACCCAUACGCACAUUCACACAGCUUUAUAAUUUCGAACGAAGUGUUGUAUACUUGAAUUUAUAUAUACACAGCUAAAUAUAUACAUACAUAUUAUGUAUAAAGCAUACAUACAUAUUUAGUAUAAUCUAAAAAACAUGCAAAAUUUAAGGAAGCAGGAAUAUAAAAAGAAUGAGAAUAUUUACUAUUUUAAAUUGUGUGAGACAAAUUUAAUACGAUUUAAGGCAAAUAACAAUAACAAAAUUAAAAUAGAUUGUUUGUUUGUGAUUAAAAUCCAUGCUGAAUAUAUACAUACAUUUAUAUAUGUAUGCAAGUGCGAGUAUAUGAAUAAUGUACGAAGCAUAUAACCAAUAAAAGUAGGAGUCAGACACAUACAUAAAUUUACCUGCAUAUACAUACAUAUAUACAUAUACUGUUUGCUAUCACACACACAACUAAUACUCCAAUUAGCGCAAGUACUAUGUAUGAAUAUUUAUACCCUUAGCGAAGAAGAAUAAAAUUGUAACUAAAGUAUAAUAUACCAAAAGUACAUGUUUGUAUGUUAGAAAUUGUAGACAAUACUAUUUGAACGCAUUUGCGGAGCAAAAUAAUGCGAAAAGAAGAAAUGCAUGCAGCGAAAGCUUACCAUGCAUGUUUCUGAGAUUAGAAAAAAAAAUAAAAUAAUAUACCAGAAAACAAAUACGACAAUAAAACAUGUUAUGUACAAUCAUCCAUUAUAAACAAAUACAUAUAUAUAUAUAUAUAUAUACAAGAACGUGCAUGUAUUGUUAUAGCUAUAGAUAUAAUAUACAUAUACUUAUAUAUACAUACAUGAAUAUCAUAAAUGAAUAUACAUAUGAAUAUAAAAUAUUGUAUUAGAGUAAAAUAUGAAGCAAACAUACAUACAAGUAGUGAAUGCAAAAAGAAAACAACUUAAUGUG